AUGGACACUCCGGACCUGUGCCCGACACCACCCCUGCGACUGCACUUACCUCUGAACCUGUGCUCAACCCCGAACCUCCGCCCGCCCCUGCAUCUGCACCCGCCUUCGAACCUGCACUCGACCCCACCCACACCCCUGCAUCUGCACCCACCUUCAAACCUGCACUCGACCCCACCCCAGCCCCUGCAUCUGCACCCGCCUUCAAACCUGCACUCGCCUUCGAACCUGCACUCGACCCCACCCACACCUCUGCAUCUGCACUCACCUUCAAACCUGCACUCAACCCCACCCCCGCCCCUGCAUCUGCACCCGCCUUCGAACCUGCACUCAACCCCACCCCCGCCCCUGCAUCUGCACCCGCCUUCGAACCUGCACUCGACCCCAACCCCACCCCUGCAUCUGCACCCACCUUCGAAUCGGCACUCGACCCCACCCCCGCCCCUGCAUCUCCACCCGCCUUCGAACAGGCACUCGACCUCACUCCCGCCCCUGCAUCUCCACCCGCCUUCGAACCUGCACUCGACCCCACUCCCGCCCCUGCAUCUCCACCCGCCUUCGAACCUGCACUCGACCCCACUCCCGCCCCUGCAUCUGCACCCGCCUUCGAACCUGCACUCGACCCCACCCCCGCCCCUGCAUCUGCACCCGCCUUCGAACCUGCACUCGACCCCACCCCCGCCCCUGCAUCUCCACCCGCCUUCGAACCUGCACUCGACCCCACCCCCGCCCCUGCAUCUCCACCCGCCUUCGAACCUGCACUCGACCCCAACCCCGCCCCUGCAUCUGCACCCGCCUUUGAACCUGCACUCGACCCCACUCCCGCCCCUGCAUCUGCACCCGCCUUCGAACCUGCACUCGACCCCACUCCCGCCCCUGCAUCUGCACCCGCCUUUGAACCUGCACUCGACCCCACUCCCGCCCCUGCAUCUGCACCCGCCUUCGAACCUGCACUCGACCCCACCCCCGCCCCUGCAUCUGCACCCGCCUUCGAACCUGCACUCGACCCCACCCCCGCCCCUGCAUCUGCACCCGCCUUCGAACCUGCACUCGACCCCACUCCCUCCCCUGCAUCUCCACCCGCCUUCGAACCUGCACUCGACCCCAACCGCGCCCCUGCAUCUGCACCCGCCUUCGAACCUGCACUCGACCCCACUCCCGCCCCUGCAUUUGCACCCGCCUUCGAACCUGCACUCGACCCCACUCCCGCCCCUGCAUCUGCACCCGCCUUUGAACCUGCACUCGACCCCACUCCCGCCCCUGCAUCUGCACCCGCCUUCGAACCUGCACUCGACCCCACCCCCGCCCCUGCAUCUGCACCCGCCUUCGAACCUGCACUCGACCCCACCCCCGCCCCUGCAUCUGCACCCGCCUUCGAACCUGCACUCGACCCCACUCCCUCCCCUGCAUCUCCACCCGCCUUCGAACCUGCACUCGACCCCAACCCCGCCCCUGCAUCUGCACCCGCCUUCGAACCUGCACUCGACCCCACUCCCGCCCCUGCAUCUGCACCCGCCUUCGAACCUGCACUCGACCCCACUCCCGCCCCUGCAUCUGCACCCGCCUUCGAACCUGCACUCGACCCCACUCCCGCCCCUGCAUCUGCACCCGCCUUCGAACCUGCACUCGACCCCACCCCCGCCCCUGCAUCUGCACCCGCCUUCGAACCUGCACUCGACCCCACCCCCGCCCCUGCAUCUGCACCCGCCUUCGAACCUGCACUCGACCCCACUCCCGCCCCUGCAUCUCCACCCGCCUUCGAACCUGCACUCGACCCCACUCCCGCCCCUGCAUCUGCACCCGCCUUCGAACCUGCACUCGACCCCACCCCCGCCCCUGCAUCUGCACCCGCCUUCGAACCUGCACUCGACCCCACCCCCGCCCCUGCAUCUGCACCGGCCUUCGAACCUGCACUCGACCCCACCCCCGCCCCUGCAUCUGCACCGGCCUUCAAACCUGCACUCGACCCCACCCCCGCCCCUGCAUCUGCACCCGCCUUCGAACCUGCACUCGACCCCACCCCCGCCCCUGCAUCUGCACCCGCCUUCGAACCUGCACUCGACCCCAACCCCGCCCCUGCAUCUGCACCCGCCUUCGAACCUGCACUCGACCCCACCCCCGCCCCUGCAUCUGCACCCGCCUUCGAACCUGCACUCGACCCCAUCCCCGCCCCUGCAUCUGCACCCGCCUUCGAACCUGCACUCGACCCCAUCCUCGCCCCUGCAUCUGCACCCGCCUUCGAACCUGCACUCGACCCCACCCCCGCCCCUGCAUCUGCACCCACCCCUGUACCUGCCUUCGAACCUGCAUCCGACUCUGCAUCUGCACCCGCCUUCGAACCUGCGCCCACCCCUGCAUCGACACCCGCCUUCGAACCUGCACCUGACCCCAUCCCCAACCCUGCAUCUGCACCCGCCUUCAAACCUGAGUCUGCCCCUUCAUCUGCACCCACCUUCGAACUUGCACCCGACCCCACCCCGGACCCCGCUUCGGCACCUUCCUUCGAACCUGCGCCCGACUCCACCCGACCCCACCUCUGAACCUGUACCCACCCCCGACCCUAUGCCCGUCCACUCCGGCACCUGCGCCUGCCCUACGUCUAACCCCACUUCUGAACUUGUAUCCCCGCAGACCUGUGCCUGA